GUCUUAGUUAGAUAUACUCCAACUUGUUACCUGAACACACAGACACAAACUUUUUUUUUUUUAAAUCUGGCUGUUCAUCGAGAACACUGACAUCAAAAAACAUUUCCAGUGAGUGGCUGAGCCUCAUGACUUCAGGGUAAGACUGACCUCUGAACCAAGAUCGUGGCAUUUUGCAGCAUUUUGGCUUCAUCCUCAGGGCUUCUACAGUAGGAAGUGACUCGAACAGUUUGCGUGAAAAUUGGUUGGACUCAAGAAAAAGUUAGUCAAAGAUGAGGAUAAGAACAUAUCCAAGAGCACACAUUCUGCAGAAGUUCCAUGCACAUUGUCAGUCUCUUGUGGCCAAUGGCAAUGCAGGAUAUCAAAGGGAAUUUGAGAAGCUGACUGCAACUGCAAAGGAAUUCUCAUGCAGGGCUGGACAGCUGGAUGCCAAUAAAAACAAAAACAGAUACCCUUUCGUUUUACCAUAUGACUACUGCAGAGUUAAGCUGUCUCUAUUAGAGGCACAACCACACUCGGACUACAUCAAUGCUAGCUAUGUACCCGGUGGCUAUACAGAACAUGACUUCAUCUGCACCCAGGCUCCUUUGUCAUCAACCAUGGCUGAUUUCUGGCGGAUGGUUUGGGAGAAAAAUGUGCAGGUUAUCGUCAUGGUGACAACACUAAAAACGAACGGCCAGGUGCUAUGUAAUCAGUACUGGCCUCCUGAGAGAGGCACUGGCUGUUACGGGACUCUGCAAGUCACCACCAUUUCCCGUCAUCGUGGUCCAGACUGCUACAUCACCACCAUCCACCUACGACAGCAUGGCAGCUCGACAGAUCGACGCAUAACCCAUUAUUACUACCCUCACUGGCCCGAUCAGGGUGUUCCAAAAGACCACACCUCUCUCACCAACUUCACUGAGCAUGUACGGAAGCAGCUGGAUGAUACUCCACACUUAGGCCCCACAGUUGUUCACUGCAGUGCAGGCGUAGGUCGCUCUGGAACAUUUGUAGCAAUACUGUGGUUGAUGCAGCUCUGUGCAAGGGGGAUUCUGCCUGAUGUACGCCUCGCUGUCCGAGACCUGCGCAGACACAGAGUGUUGAUGGUGCAAACUGUGGAGCAAUACAUAUUGGUGCAUCAGUGUCUUCUUCACUGGCUAGGUGGGAACAUGAGACCAAGAACUGAGACAACACAGCCACAAACACACAGGCAAUCCAGAAAGGAUCAGAAAAACCAGAGGAGAAAUUCUGACCAUACACAACACCCCGAGUCCGCUCACCCUUCAAGUCAAGCAUCACACACAACCCAACCUCAGCACACAGCAUGGCAAUCCCUACGGGAUUCCCUUCACGCGCUUAACCCUGGAAAACUCCUGAAGAGGAUAAGGCCUGUGUCUUCUCAACCCAGCUCACAAACACAACAUGACACACAACUGUAGGGCAGAUACACAGAUACACAUCUUUAGCGCUGAACAAGGAUUUCAGCUUGUGUGCCGUAACCAAGAUAAACAACAGCGGCUACUCAGUUUGUUUCGCCUGAAAGUCAUGAUGAGAUAGUUAUUCACGAGAAAUCAGGAUAAACAAAAUAGGCUUCUGGAAGUACUUUUGUCAUAUUUUAGAUUUCACGCUAUAGUUAAAAAGAUUUUACGCCAUGGUGUAAAAAUAAACGGUGUCUUGCCCUCUCUUGAAUUUCCACAUGUGUAAAAAGGGGUUCUUUACAGUUUAGGGUUUUUAGCUUCCUUUGAGAUUUAUUUAGAACCAUUUCUUUCUUGGGAAACGCUUAAAUUUUCAUCUCAUCUCAUCAUCUCUAGCUGCUUUAUCCUGUUCUAUAGGGUUGCAGGCAAGCUGGAGCCUAUCCCAGCUGACUACGGGCGAAAGGCGGGGUACACCCUGGACAAGUCACCAGGUCAUCACAGGGCUGACACAUAGACACAGACAACCAUUCACACCCACAUUCACACCUACGGUCAAUUUAGAGUCACCAGUUAACCUAACCUGCAUGUCUUUGGACUGUGGGGGAAACCGGAGCACCCGGAGGAAACCCACGCGGACACAGGGAGAACAUGCAAACCCCACACAGAAAGGCCCUCGCCGGCCACAGGGCUCAAACCCAGACCUUCUUGCUGUGAGGUGACGGCACUAACCACUACACCACCAUGCUGCCCUGGAUUUUGUUUGACUUCUCUAGUAUUUAAAAUGCAAACAUAUGAACCUAUAGAUGACUUUUUAUACAUAAAACAAUGUAUACAGUAUGUGUAUAUAUACCAACUAUUGCUUAACAAAAGCAUUUAUUAAAAACUUUACAUACAUUGGA